AUGGGACUCAAGACGGCAGUUCUACAAUCAGAGAUUAAUGGCGGUGUUCCAGUGCGUCAACAAGACAUAGAAGAUUAUGUUGUGAAAUACUGGAUUUCGUUAGGUGCUCCAUCAAGAAAGUUAAUACUAGGAACUGCUUUUCAUGGAAUAUCCUAUACUUUGUCUAAUCCCAAACUAAUUGGCAGGGGAGCACCAUUUUCUGAUCAAGGGAAUCUUAGCAGUUCACCAGAAUAUAAUGAUAUUUGCCCAUUGCUAAAAAAUUCAGAAUGGAAGCAUUUUCACGACAAGGAACAACAAGUACCAUAUAUAUACAAAGGGGAUCAAAUUAUAGCCUAUGAUGAUGUUGAAUCCAUCAAAAAGAAGGCUGAAUACGUUCAAAAAAUGAAUCUAGGUGGUGCAGUGGUGGAUAGCAUAAAUCAAGAUGAUUUCAGUGGAACAUGUGGAAGAGUAAAGUUUCCACUUCUAAAGACUUUGAAUCGAGCUCUCAGAUUCCAAUAUAUGAUUGGUUGUUACUAUAAUAACGAAGAAGGUGAUCAACCCGAUGAAACUCUAAACAUAGAGAUGAUCGAUGUGUCUAUUUGCACUCACUUAUAUUUCGGCAUGGCUGAAUUUGAUAUAGAUGCAAAUUUGACUGAUGGAUUUACAAACCUAGACCCGAACGAAAUUGAAAGGAUUAACAAUCUUCGAGAAAAAAACAGAGAUUUAAAAACCUUAGUAACCAUGCGGGAAUCGUUAUGGGAUGAUGAUAGUAACAAAAUUAACAAUACAAUAUUCUUAAACUCGACUCUGCGAGAAAAACUUGUUAAUAAUAUUGUGGACAUCGUACAGAAAUAUAAAUUCAAUGGUAUCCAGCUAAAUUCCUUAAAUCUAGCUGAAAAUGAUGCAGUUGAUUCUGAUAAGCAGAAUUUCGUUUUACUCUUGAAGGCACUCAGAGAAAAAUUCGAUAAAAACGGUUUGAUUUUAGCUUUAGUAGUUGAUGCUAGAGAAUCGACUGCAGAAAAAUAUGAUAUUAAAGGAAUAUCGAAGUAUGUAAGCUUUAUAAAUUUGAAGGCUUACAAUUUUCAUGGAGAUUUUUAUAAAGAUGAGGAAAUACGGAAAGCUGGCCAUAUUGCUCCACUUUACCCUUCAUCAAAGGAAAAUGCGGAGGAUCGGAAACUGAAUGUUAUGAAUCGGAGCAAAACUAACGAGGAUACAGCGGUUUUAGCAACCGCGCCUCAUACACGACUCAGCGCAGAACAACACGACUCAGAGCUGAAAAAACAGACAAAAGAAGACAGGAUUCGUCGUAGACAGGAGCAAAAAGAUGCUUUAGACAUCGUGGAUGAGAUUUGUUCUCAGGAUUACAUGGUGAAAUACUGGCUUUCGGAAGGUGUGCCUACAAGCAAGUUAAUACUGGGAAUUACAUUUCAAGGAAUAUUUUACACAUUAGCUGAUCCAAAACAAGCUGGUAGGGACGCACCAGUUGUUGAUUCUGUAAAAUAUUCUUUAUCGACGACAAGCUAUUACUAUACUUGUCCAGAGGAAAAUGAUCGAGCAUGGAGGCAAAUCUACGACAAAGAACAGCAAGUGCCAUAUAUUUACAAAGGGAAGGACAUGACUGCCUAUGAUAAUGUCGAGUCUAUUAAGAUAAAGGCUGAAUAUGCUAAAAGUAUGAAGCUUGGUGGUGUAUUCGUGGAUAGUUUAGAAGACGAUGAUUUCACUGGACAUUGUGGAGGAGAGAAGUCCCCACUUCUGAAGGCUGUGAACCAAGUUCUGAGAGACAAGUGUUAG